AACUGCUACAUCUGGAUGGAGAAGAGGCACAGGGGACCAGGCCUGGCCCCAGGUCAGCUGUACACAUACCCAGCACGUUGCUGGCGCAAAAAGAGGCGUUUGCAUCCCCCUGAGGAUUCCAGGCUGAAGCUGCUGGAAAUUAAACCUGAAGUUGAUCUGCCUCUGAAAAAAGAUGGGUUCACCUCAGAAAGUACAACUCUGGAAGCCUUGCUGCGUGGAGAGGGAAUAGAGAAAAAAACAGACACUAAAGAGGAAGACACUAUACAAGAAAUCCAGAGAGUUUUAGAGAAUGAUGAAAAUGCAGAUGAAGUGAAUGAGGAAGAAGACUUGGAAGAAGAUAUUCCAAAACGAAAGAACAGGCCUAGAGGACGGGCUCGGGGAUCUGGAGGUGGCAGGAGACGGAAUGAUGCUGCCUCCCAGGAUGACCAUGACAAACCCUAUGUUUGUGACAUCUGUGGCAAGCGUUACAAGAACAGGCCUGGGCUUAGCUACCACUAUGCUCACACUCACCUCGCCAGCGAAGAGGGUGAUGAAGCCCGCGAGCAGGAGACCCGCUCUUCCCCUGUCCACCGAAAUGAAAACCACAAACCCCAGAAAGGACCAGAUGGGGUCAUCAUUCCCAAUAACUACUGUGACUUCUGCCUCGGAGGCUCCAAUAUGAACAAAAAAAGUGGCCGGCCUGAAGAACUUGUAUCAUGCUCAGACUGUGGGCGCUCUGCUCAUUUGGGAAGAGAAGGCAGGAGGGACGAAGCAGCGCCAGCACGCACUACGGAGGACUUGUUCGGUUCCACGUCAGAAAGCGACACCUCGACCUUUCAUGGCUUUGACGAGGACGAUGCAGAAGAGCCUCUCUCGAGCCGAGGAGGUGGCUGUGGUGGCAGGUCUCCCUCUGCAGACAAAAAGGGUGGCUGCUAAAAAAACUAAAAAGACACAGAAACUCUGAACUGUCCUUUUCACUACUAAGAUUAUUAUUACCUUUUCCUCUUUUUUUUUUUUUUAAUUUUUAAUUUUAGGUCCUCUUGGGGUUUUGGUUGGUUGUUUUUUUUCCUCCUCCCCCCCUUAUUUUGCUUGUUAUUUUUGUUACAUUUUCCCAGUGGGGUAUACACUGAAAGCACAAGCAUUUAAAGCUCUUGACAAGUAAUUUGAAGAGACAGAAGGGUUUUGAUUUUCCCAUUUUGCUUUUUUUUUAAAUUUUUUUUUUCAUUUUAGUUUUGUUUUUAUCCCACCUCCCCUCCUUCUCUUUCUCUUUGGAAACAUAAAAAGUGGAUUUAAUUUUUUUUUUAAUAGUGAGCAGAGUUGAUUUUCUUGUCGUUUAAUAUAUAUAUAUCAGCAAACCACAAAAAAUACAGAUGGGUUAGAGAACAGAAAGCAAACCCUAAUAGUUUUUUUAAUUAUUAUUAUUAUUUAUAUAUUCUAUGUAUUGUUAGAAAAACUACUUUUUAAAUAAAAAAAUAGAAAAAAAAAACAACAAAAAAGCAAUGGAUGUCUACUUGAUAAUAGAACUGUUUCUAGAGAACCACUGUGGGCGGACUCUGUCAGGGGACAAGGAAACCCUUGAAGUGAUGACUUCUGCGUUUUGAGAUUUUGCACUUACUGUAGCAUGUGAAGUCUGGCUCUUCUCAUACAUCUGCUAUGCUACAGCCUGAAAAUACAAGCAGCACCAUUGAAGACCAUGGCCUUGGGGAACACAUUUCCAUCUCCUUUGGACACCUUUACACUCAAUAGAUCUCCUCCUCCCUGCACCCCUUCAUGUCUUCCUCACACCGUUCU